UCUGAUAUCAGUCAUUCAGUUCCCCCAAGUUGUUCAAGCCGUUCAAGAUUUCCCUGCCUCUUUCUUCUUCUCACAACAUUCUCGACCACUGCUCCUUUCAACCAACACGUUCACCACAGGAGCAGAGAUCGUGAUCAUGACUUCCACCCCACGACCUUCUCAACCUGACGAAAAAGACCUUGGUCCUGACGAUAGCAUCUCAAUGGUCUCACCCUCCACGGUCAGCGGCAGUGGCAGCCAGUCACGCACGAUAAAUCUCAGGACGCCAACGUCUUCACACGCAUCCACGUCGAACCGCAGUAACAAACUCCCAUACAUCAUUCGCAAUUGCGCACCAAGCCCUGGCUCGACCUACAUCAUAGUUUUCUGCGACAAUGCGGCAUAUACCAUCGUGGAGGGAGACCUGUGCCGAGCGAUUCCUCCUGAACUACUUCCCAACCCGCCCGUUUUUGACGCGGUCCAAGCGAAGGCGUAUGCGGGUACUUUCAACUGGCAUUGGCACUGCGAGGAAUCAGACGGGUGGCUUGGUUUUCGAAAUGCGGCGACUGGGUCGUGGGUUGGGUCUAUCGGCAUGCUUUCCACGGCUUUGGACGCGGUCGAGAUAGGAGCGACUGCCACUAGUCUUGGGGUAACCGAGCAGUUUUGUGUGAGAAAGGCCGAGGAUCGCGAAGGAUAUUUGCUUCUCAAGAGACUUGACUGCAAGAAAACUGUACAUCUUCUGCCGGUCUGGGGCCGCGUCGCGGGGAAACGUGAAUGUUUUGAUGCAAAGACUUGGGAAUUUGUCAAGGUGGACGUUGAUGCUGUCUGGGGGCAAAAGUAAAUUGGUACUGUUAGGACCGAUUGCAAAGAGCUUGGGAAGAGCCAUGAUGGUUUGACAUCCAAAGACAGAGUUGACAGUUGGUCGGGAUGAAUCGAAA